AGAGAGGAGGAGGCUGAGCUGUGUGGAAGCGGCCGAAUAACGAACCGGACCGGCAGUUGUUUUGUGGAUGAACACCGUAACUACACAAAAUGUGGACUUUAAUUGUGCAUUUUGUAUUUUUUCAACUGCUUACAAUGGAGCUCCAUUCCGUAAAAGGGUCCGAAACAGAGUGCGAGGACGGACAGUUUAAGUGCAAGAAUGAGAGGUGCAUCCCGUCCAUAUGGAGAUGCGACGAUGAUGAUGACUGCUCCGACAACAGCGACGAAGAGGACUGCAUGAAAAAAACCUGUUCCCAGUUGGAGUUUGCAUGCCAGAACGGGCAGUGCGUGUCCAGACGUUGGAUCUGCGACGGAGAGCCCGAGUGCUCAGACGGAUCAGACGAGGCAGAGAAUACCUGCACGGUGAAACAGACAUGCCCUCCGGACAAGUACGACUGCGGCGGGAAGUGUGUGUCUCUGGCCUGGAGAUGCGACGGCGAGAGGGACUGUGAAAAUGGAGCAGAUGAGAAAGGCUGUGCUGCUGAUGCCAAAUCCUGCUCUUCCGGAGAGUUCCAGUGUCGCAACCUGAGGUGCGUGUCUCCGGUGUACGUGUGCGACGGCGACGACGACUGCGGAGACGCCAGCGACGAGGAGCAGUGCUCUCCGCCCUCGUGCGGCCCUCUGCAGUUCCGCUGUAACAGCUCCGAGUGCGUCCCCCAGCCCUGGACCUGCGACGGAGACCCGGACUGCGCCGACGGCUCCGACGAGUGGCAGGGGCUGUGCGGGGACGGAGCGGAACGAGUGCUGCCACCGACAGGGCGCAGGCUCGAGUGCAGCCCGGGGACUUUCCGCUGCGCCAGCGGCGAGUGCAUCAAGCUGGCAUGGAGGUGCGAUAAAGACCCGGACUGCAUGGAUAGAUCGGACGAGGUUGACUGCCCUCUUCUGACGUGUCGGCCUGAUGAGUUCCAGUGUGGAGACGGCUCCUGCAUCCACGGCAUCAAGCAGUGCAACAAAGUCUUCGACUGUCUAGACCGGAGUGAUGAAGCCGGCUGUGUUAAUGCCACGAAGUGCGAGGGACCUUUAAAGUUCCUGUGCAGAAAUGGUGAAUGCAUCGACGGCUCCAAGGUGUGCGACAAUGUCAAGGACUGCAAAGAUCGAUCGGACGAGCCCAAAAAGGAAUGCGGUUUAAAUGAAUGUACGGUUAAUAACGGAGGCUGUUCGCACAUCUGCAUGGACCGACCCAUCGGCUAUGAGUGCCAGUGUCCCGUUGGCUAUAAACUCCUGGAUAAAAGGACAUGUGGAGAUAUUAACGAAUGUGAGAAUCCAGACGCCUGCAGUCAGAUCUGCAUCAACCUCAAAGGAGACUUCAAGUGUGAGUGUCACCCGGGAUAUGAGAUGGACCCGGUGAGCAAGAGCUGCAAAGCCGAGGGGAAGGGUCCCUACUUGAUGUUCACUAACAGACACGAGAUCCGGCGUAUUGAUCUGGUGAAGCGAGAUUACACCCAGGUCGUACCCACUCAGAAAAAUGCCGUGGCCAUCGACGUGGACGUCGCCGCCAAUCGCAUGUUCUGGUGCGAUCGCUUCCAUCGCAAGAUCUACAGUGCGUACAUCCAUGAAGCCAGUGACCCGUCCCAUCACGUCACUCUAAUCAAUUCGGAGCUGCUCUCUCCAGAGGGUCUGGCUUUAGACUGGGUGCAUCACAACCUUUACUGGACCGACUCGGGUCACGGCACCAUCUCGGUCGCUUCAACGGACGGUAGCAGGAGGCGUGUCCUUAUCCACACAGACCUGAGCGAACCACGGGCCAUCGCGGUGGAUCCAGAACAAGGGUUCAUGUUCUGGUCUGACUGGGGAAUGAGACCCAAGAUUGAAAAAGCUGGCAUGAACGGAGUGGACCGUCAGGUCUUAGUAUCCGAUGGUAUCGAGUGGCCUAAUGGAAUCACACUGGAUGUGGUCGGCAAGCGCUUGUACUGGGUGGACUCGAAGCUGCGCUCGAUCUCCAGCGUGGACUUUAAUGGAGCUCAGCGCAGAGUGAUCCUGUCCUCCACUGAGAAACUCGGCCAUCCUUACGCCCUCGCCGUGUUUGAGGAUCGUGUGUACUGGACAGAUAGGGAGAAGGAGGCUGUGUUCAGUGCCAACAGGCUCACCGGGCAGGAUGUGACCAGUCUGGCUGAACGUCUCAAGGAUCCGCAUGAUAUAGUGGUGUUCCACGAGCUAAGCCAGCCUCAAGCUCCAGACAGCUGUAACCUGGCUGGCGUGAGUAAUGGCGGCUGUGCCUUCCUGUGUCUGCGCGCCCCUCAAAUCAACGAUCACUCGCCUAAAUAUACAUGCGCCUGCCCGGAAGGCGAGGAGCUGAGCCCCGACACUCGGCUGUGUGUUCCUGUCCAAAAUAUAACGGCCACGCCCACCAGUAUGGCCAGCAACAUCAGCAUGGAGACGGUGACGGAUACAGGUAUUGAGACGGGUGAGGAGCUGAAUUCGGAUCGAUCGGCGGUCGUGAACUCUCAGGUGACGAGUCAAUCGGCCGAGACCUCAAUCAAUAGCAUGGCAGCCUUCACUCAGAGCUCAACACUGCUACCGAGCACAGCUUCAGGACAGAGCAGCAACCUCUCCCAGCACUCUGGAAACGAGCUGUUUCUCCUCGGGCACAGUGUGCCAGUAGCAGUGCUUGGUGUUGUGAUUCCCAUCGUGGUGUCCGUCCUCCUCCUCUCCGCCUCCUGCAUCAUUUACCGGAACUGGAGGCUCAGGAGCACCAAGAGCAUGAACUUCGACAAUCCCGUGUACCGCAAGAGCACCGGCGAAGCCGAGGAAGACGAGAUACACAUCGGGAGGACCGAGGGGCUCGCGGCACAUCCCCACCCCUACCCGGUACCCGUGGUCGGCACGGCGCCGUGCCCGCCCUUCAUCGCUCUGCCUCUGGGAACGGCCAUAACGGAUCCGGUCCCGCACUGGUACGCGGAGCGACCCACCAACUCCGGUGCCAAGUGAACGUGCAGCGCCUGGCGCAUUGGCGUGUCGAGGG